AUGGAAAUGCUUCAAACUGGAUACACAGAAGAGGACGUCGUGAGUGUUAACGUUAUACUCAUUGGAGAUUCAACUGUGGGCAAAACUAGUCUGAUAAAACGAUUCACCUCUGGAACUUAUCAACUUGAGGAAUGUACUGUCAAUAUCGAUGUGGAAGUGGUUUACGUAGAAGUUGAUGAUUUUCUUGUCCAAUUGGUGCUUUUUGACACAGCUGGAUUGGAAAAAUACAGAUGCUUGACGCGCACUUAUUACAGAGAUGUGGAAGGGAUCUGCUUAGUAUAUGAUGUUACACGUUUUCAAACUUUCAACUCUUUAACAAGUUGGAUUGAUGAAAUUAAACUGUACUGUGGAGAUGAAGUGUCGGUUUUAAUUGUUGGCAACAAAGCGGAAGAAAGGGAAUCCAAAGCUGUCAACAAAAGAGUCGCAAGAUCGUUUGCAAAAGAUAAUGGCUAUGAAAUAAUAGAAACCAGUGCUUGUGAAGACAUUAAUGUAGAAAAGGUAUUUUUCUCACUUCUGUGCAAGAUAUUAAAGCGACGCGGUUUGUUGGAGAUCGAUAGGAAUCCAAAAAUGUCAGUUGUGAUGAGAUCUGUUGGUGUUCAGUGUGUGAAUAAAGCUCCUAAACUUCAGCAGUUUAAAGAUGAAGUCUUUUCGAAACUGUCUUUCAAAAAGACUAGAAAGGUCCAAUUGCGAAAUAAGGCAAUGCAGACUGAUAAAACUAAAAAAAAAUGUUGUAGUUGA